AGGCGGAAGUUUGGCUCCCUCACAGGGAAAACAUCUUUUUUUUUUUUUUGUUCCACCUAAAAAACCAGGCAGAAGUAACGACUGAUACUGCUUUUCCAGCAGGGAUUUUUGCUGUCUUUCCUUUCAAGUUAUUUUUUGGGGAGGAAGAGCUCCAAAAACGUGCAGCAGCAGCUUUUGAAGUGCCAACGUCACUGAAGGUGGUUGAGUAUGAACAAACGCUGCUCCCUGUCUCGGUGUCCGGAGCCAUUGCUCACGUAGGGAAAACAAAGCGUGAUCACCGUGGGUCUCCAGCUAUCAAACGCAGGAGGAGCAAGGACAACGCAGGCUGUGUUUCUGCUCGUGGGAGUGGAUCUCAGCUGCGCUGUGAGGCAGACUCAGAGCUGCACGGGGCCGGCGCUGCACCAGCAGGGUUUGCACAUUUGGUGGGAUAAGCCGGUUUCCAGCCUGCACUGCACAGAAGAAUUGUUUUUGUCAGCUCUGUCGAGGCCUCUGAGCUCCUUGCUGCAAGGAAGAGGACAGGGCCACCCUGAGCCAUGUCCAACGACCCUCCGCCACCCUACCCGGGAGGCCCCUCGGCUCCGCUGAUAGAAGAGAAGCACGGCCCACCCCCCACGGCAGAUGGCGUCGCCCCAGUCGUGGGACAGCCCCAGGGGGUUCCCAUCCCCCCUCCUGAAUUUGGGCCACCCCCAUAUGAGCCGCCCUCGCAGCCAGGGUUCGUGCCCCCUCACAUGCCCACUGACAGCUCCGGGCCCUACGUGCCACCUGCAGGUUACUACCCUCCCCCAGGUCCUCACCCCCCCAUGGGCUACUACCCUGCCCCAGGCCACUACCCCUCUCCCAGUGGCCACACGGCAACGGUGCUUGUCCCAUCGGGGGCGGCCACCACAGUGACAGUGCUGCAGGGAGAGAUCUUCCAGGGUGCCCCUGUGCAGACGGUGUGUCCCCACUGCCAGCAAGCCAUCACCACCAAGAUCACCUACGAGAUUGGGCUCAUGAGCUUCCUCCUUGGCUUCUUCUGCUGCUUCGUGGGGUGCGAUCUCUGCUGCUGCCUGAUCCCCUGCCUGUUCGAUGACUUCAAGGAUGUGACACACACGUGUCCCAACUGCAAGGCCUAUAUCUACACCUACAAGCGCAUGUGCUAACAGCACUCCGGGAGCCCGAGCCACUGGAAUGACACCAGCCCCUCUCCCGCUGCCGUCCUAGUCUACGCGUGUCCAACACUCUCUUGCUUACCCUCCGGUGGUGUGUAUGUGUGUGUCCCCGGCUCCCUCCCGCUCCGAGCUGUGUCCACCUUCCCCGAGCUCUGGUCCUCGCUGUGAACGGCUGGAUUGGCAAUGCGGGCGCGGGUACACAGGGGAGGUGGGCCCAGACCCCAGCUGCUCGUGGGGCUGCCCUGCAGCGCACAGGAGAGUGUGUGUUUGGGGUGGGUGGGGGGGGUGUCAUCCCUUUGCACCCCCCCCUUACCCUCCAGGGCGCUUGUGAGGGCCCUCUUGCCUGCAGCAACCUGGGGAAAAGCAGCAGCUGCUGGAGGCGCCCACCCCUCGCUGCCCCGCAGGGAGCUGCUGCAGGUGGGGAGGGGCAGCUGCCCCCCCCAGGAGGGGAAGGAGGACACAAGGCAGCAUGGCCCCUGUGGCACUUUUAGGAAGGGGCCCAGUGCCAAGGAGACAGGGAGGGCAGUGCCACGCGUGCCAGGUUUCAGCGUGGUUCACAGCCCAGUCAGCGUGUAGCUCGUAGGCAAAGCCCCUUCCCCCAGGAGAGGCAGAGCCGCCUUCGAGGCGCGGUGGGGGGGUAACGGCAGCAGCACUGCACCCUUGAUCAGCACCUCCGUCCUGCCAGAGCGGCCACGGCUGCUCCAGCUGCAUGCGCCUCCUCCCAGCCCCUGCCGUGGCUCUUUCGGGGAAGGAAAGCCCCUGGCAGUUCCUCGUCCGCCCGGCAAACUGUUAGCGAGAAAUGCACCCGGCAUGUCGCUGCCUGCCCCGGCGCUGUAGAUUAGAGGUGUUUGUUACCAGGCCGCAGCUGGCUCGCAGCUCUGGAGCAGACCCGUGCCUGCCCGGGUCUGUGGGCGCACACCCUGUGGGGUUCCUCCUUGCAUGUGGGUGUAGGGGGUUAUUUUUAGCUCACUUGCUAUGGGGCAGAAGGAAGGGGGCAAGCGGGCAGGGACAGGAGCUGCCAGCAGCACUAUGACAGAUGAGGGUAAGGGGACCUGGGAGCCACUUUCAGCCUCUCUGUGGCUGCUCCUCCUCCUCCCUCCCCUGGCCCCCAGCCCUGCAGCCCAGGCAGCUGGAGCUUGAACCCCCCACAGGACAAGCUGGGGGGGUGUCUCAGUACACAGGGCUGUAAACUCAGCCUGGCUGCCCAGGCAGCUGCUGUUUGCUCAGAAGUGGAACUGUGGCACUAGUCAGUGUUUUUAUGUAAAUAAAUAACAGACCCUGAACUCCGCGUGCAUCUUUUCUUCUCCCCUUGCUCCAAAUCCACAGCAGAUCUGUCCCUGGGGGAGCCGAGAAUGAGGAGGGAUGGCGUGGGUGGGGGGGCCACAGCAGUGCCAAGCACUGGAAGAAGAUGAGCAGCUUCCCUACCCCAGCCCUGGGCAGCAGAAGCCCUUGGGGAUAACAGGAGCUUUCCCCGACCAUCCCUCAGCUGCAGCUGGGGCCCAGCAGACGCACAGGGGUAG